AUCGCGCUCGAGUGUGGACACAAAUACGGAAUGGAGGGUUAGCGCCGGGCACUCGGAGAACUACCGGAUAGCGUUCCAGUUCUGGACUAAUUACGCCACUAGGCAUAAUCUUCCCACCACCAUUCCGACUCGAGAUCAGCUCUUACACUUCUUAGAGUUUUAUUUUUAUGAAGGCUGCGCUCCAGAUCAAAUCCGUCAGAUCCGAGCAGCAGUCAACAGUUAUACACGAAGCCAUGGUCUGAUCCCUCCGGACGACACGACAUGGCAACGAGCAGUACAGGGGUAUAUCUCCCUGUGGAACCAAGGAAACCCCCUACCACACCCGACAAGCCUCGCAUUUCUGCCACAUGGCUUGCUCAGGUCUUGGAUGCAACAGGACUUCAGUACAGGGGUAUAUCUCCCUGUGGAACCAAGGAAACCCCCUACCACACCCGACAAGCCUCGCAUUUCUGCCACAUGGCUUGCUCAGGUCUUGGAUGCAACAGGACUUCCGGCGAACUGGCGCGCUCUCAUCGCAGUCUUUUGGCUCUCCAGGGCCAGAAGAGAUACAAACCGGACGGUCGCAUGCAAUUCCUUUACGUUUAUUCCAGCAUCGCACACACUCCUUAUCGAUCUCAAGAAGAAACGAGGAGAACGCUCUCAGGUGGCCAAGCUCAUCACCCGACCCCUCGAUUGCAUUACGUAUGCCUUUCUAGAACGCCAUCUACCCGAUGCAUGCCGUUCAUCUGACAGCCUACAGGCGCCUGCGACCGCUCUAAAUAACCUCACUGACGAA